AGAAAGAAAGGCAACCUUAAAAAAAGGGGGAACAGUUAAAUCCCUCAACUGCUACAUUUCUGGGGAGUUCUCUUGACCUAUAAUAUCAUAAAAUAUUAACAAGCAUUGUUUUUUGGUUUUUUUUUUUUGUUUUCUCUCCCAACGAUAAGAUUAAGAAUCCGAAGUGUUGGUACUGGUGAAUGAAAUAGGAACUUAAAGAAAAAAAAAGCUAAAAGGGUACAGUACAGCCGCAGAGCUGGCUGGCCGUUACAUAUGAUUCUUUGCUUUGUCCUAAAUUUUAUUCACUUUGUAUAAAUAUGAUAAGCACUAAAUCAAAAUGCUCAGUAGGAGCAACGUCAACAUAGCUGGCUGGUGGGGUACAGCAACCCCACAAUACAAACAAACCACAGCUAUGCCCUUUCCUUUCUCUCAUUUCUCAGCCGUUGAUGUUGUUUCCUCUUUCAGUAUAAAAAUAUUAUCUUUAUGUAAAUACGUAGCUAUAUCAUUGCGUUUUUGCACCUCCACUGGGCUGUUUCUCUCUCUCUACCUCUCCCCACCCCUCUCUUCUCUGUGCUGUUGUAUUACCAGCGUGAAUCUGUGACAGGCAGCCCCCAGCCAGAUGUGAUAGAGAUACGAUACAACAAUUGUGCCUCUUUACACCCCAAAAAAGAAAAUUGAAACUGAAUAAAAUUAAAUAAAUUCUUCGUCUUGUCCCUGCGUGUCCUCAUAUAUUAUUAUUUUGGUGGUUGUGGUUGUGCUUGUUGUUAUUAUUCACCUCCUAUUCUGGUCUUUGUUCUAUUUCAAAUUGAGUUCAACUCUGAGAGAAUUGAAUUUGGUCAGCUGGUCACAAUAAAAGAAUAAAAGGCUUCUUAGUUUUCGAGAGCUCUAUGUAUAUGCUGAUGAUUUUGAAUUGGGUUGUUUGGUAAUAAAUCUUGUAGUGUGCUGUCGGCGCAAGGUCACUUUCUGUCGGCAUUGUCUGCAUCCGACGAUUGUACACUGAGAGAGCAUUUCUAAUUAAUUUAAUAAAAGUACAACGGAGAUCGAGAGCGUGGUUCUUCUUCUGGGUUUUCAUUGCUUACAGAGUGUCACCACUGAUCACCACCUUUGAAGAAACACAUUGAUUUGGACCUCGCGAGUCUUGUCUUGUCUUGUUUGUAUCAAAGACAGACAACUGCUUCAUAUGGGGGAAUGUGGAUGAAUCUCGAUUUCGGUGAUGGUGCAUUGGAGCCUAAAUCGAAUCCUCGUUGGUAAAUGAAGCUCUGGCUUUCUGAGAUCCUGCCUCAUCAUUUAUCUGGUAACACAGCUCCUCUGAUUUGGACAAAAAAGUGGCUCUCUGUUCAAUUUAUCAACCACAUGCAGAUAAAAUAUCAGUCAAGGAGGUAUACUAACUGCAUGCCUUCUUCAUUUGCAAUAUGUCACAUCUUCAAUCUGAGCUUGAGUUUCACCGUCAAUAGAUUGUGAUCUUCUGCUACAUGUUGGAUUCCAGGUUCUUAUGUGUAUAGAGUCAGCACAAUAUUGAACAGCAGAAUUGCAGUGAUCCCCAUUAUCAGAUGUCAAGAAAUCUUGCAGCAGCGGUUGGAGGAGCUGCAGGAGCCGUGGCAUUGGUAGGGAUAGUUAUACUACUGAUAUGGUUCUGCCUGUUUCACAAGAGCAGUGUUUCUAGAAAUUCAGAGACAGGGUCCUCUGAACCUUCCCAAGUGGGAAGACAUGGUGGGAUAGAGUUAACAGUAAGAGAUGCUAGGCGUUUUGAGAUUGAAGAACUGUUUCACGCUACAAAAAAUUUCAGUGACAAAAAUCUGAUUGGAGAAGGAAAAUUUGGGGAGGUUUACAGGGGUUUACUUCAUGAUGGAAUGCUUGUAGCCAUCAAAAAGCGCCAUGGAUUUCCUAGUCAGGAAUUUGUAGAUGAGGUACACUUCCUCUCAUCCUUUCAACAUCGAAAUCUUGUAACUCUUUUGGGAUACUGCCAGGAAAACAAUCUACAGUUUCUCAUAUAUGAGUACGUGCCUAAUGGGAGCGUCUCCAGUCACUUGUAUGGAGCUGCUCAACAAUCACGUGAUAAGCUGGAAUUCAAGCAUAGACUUUCCAUAGCUCUGGGUGCAGCUAAAGGUUUGGCUCAUCUUCACUCCUUAAGCCCUCGUUUGGUGCAUAAGGAUUUCAAAACAGCCAAUGUUCUUGUGGAUGAAAACUUCAUUCCUAAGGUUGCAGAUGCAGGGCUUCGCAACAUCCUAGGAAGAGUUGAAAUUGCAGGGCCAUCUUCUCAAGCUGCGGCAGAUGAAAUCUUCCUUGCUCCUGUAUAUAUCUCUCUUGAUUUAGUGAGAGAAUUCAGAACAUAUUCUGAAAAGAGUGAUGUAUACAGUUUUGGGGUAUUUUUGCUGGAACUGUUGAGCGGGAGAGAAGCAACUGAAUCACCAUCUUCAGACUCCAAUCAGAAUCUAGUUGAAUGGGUGCAAAGUAAGCAAGACCCUGGGAUUAUGUCAGGCAUAGUUGACGAAAGAAUGGGAAGCAAUUAUACAGCAGAAGCCAUGGAAGAGUUUAUGUCACUGAUAGUUCCAUGUAUUGACAGUUCAAGUGAGAGACGACCUGCAAUGAGCUAUGUGAUGAUGGAAAUUGAUCGAAUACGUGAGAAAGAAAGAAACUUGACGACAGUGAUGGGAGAAAGAACCCCUAUUGUGACCCUUGGAAGCCAAUUAUUUGAAGCUAAAAAAGAAUAAGGUAUUGUGAUCCUAUUUGUUACAUAUUAUAUAAUCUUCUUUUGAUUAUUGUUCUUUAUUAUUUGUUAUCUGGGUGCCAGAGAAUAGGUAGAUCCAGCUGCUUGACAAGUGUAAAAAGAGCAGUUGGAGUUGCACCGUUUUUAUCUGGGCUAAUAAAUAAUUUUUCUGUUUGUUUUUA